AAUCAUUUUCAUUCCACCAUGGUCUGGAAGAACUUUGGGUCUAAGGUGCUCGAUGCUGAGAACUUCUCCAGCUGUCCCAAUGGCUCCCCUUGGAUCUGGGAUGUGUUCAAUGAGUGUGCCCAGGAUGGAUGGGACGUAGCCAGUGUGAUCUUGGGCCUGUCUUCAAUAUUCUGUUUUAUUGCUGCUGCCUUCCCUAUGUCAAGGCCUGCAGGACGGGCAACAUGGACCAGGCCAUAUCCAUUUGGUUCCUGCUGGGCUGGCUGGGCGGAGACUCCUGCAACCUCGUGGGCUCUUUCCUUGCCAAUCAGCUGCCUCUGCAGACCUACACCGCCAUCUACUAUGUGCUGGCCGACCUCCUCAUGAUGUCCCUCUACUUCUACUACAAGUAUAGAAACCGGCAGCGCUUCUUGAUAUCGGCCCCUAUCAACGCAGCCUUCCUGUUCGUCUCCUUGGGGACGGUGUCCGCCAUCCCCCUCCUCCUCCAGCUCAGCCCCUCCUCCCCUCAGGAGGUCUUCCGGAGUAGGACCCUCCUGACUGUCGAACCCACUGAUAAACCCUUCACCAAGCAGGAGAUCAUCGGCUUCACCAUCGGCUCCAUCUCCAGCUUGCUGUACCUGCUGUCCCGCCUGCCCCAGAUCUACACCAACUUCCAGAGGAAGUCCACCCAGGGAAUCUCCUAUUCCCUCUUUGCCUUGGUGAUUUUGGGUAACAUGAUGUACGGGAUGAGCGUGCUCCUGAAGAAUCCCGAGGCCGGACAGACCGAGAGCAGCUUCCUGCUCCACCACCUCCCCUGGCUCAUCGGCAGCCUGGGCGUGCUCCUGCUGGACGUCAUCAUCUCCAUUCAGUUCCUCAUCUAUAGAGAGCAGCCCUCCUCCUUUGAGAUAGAGCCCCUGCUGGGCCAGAAUCCCAGCUGACCCCGGGCCAGGGCCACACUCAGGACGGCCAAAGGACCAGACAGACGCCAGGGCAAGGAAAGGAGCGUGGAAGGGAGAUGGCAGAGCUGCCCACCCCGGGCCGGAAUGAGGUCAGGUGCAAAGGAAGGAGCCGGAGUCCACGGGGAGACCUGAAGGCCUCCUGCCUUUUGCUGCCCUCCUGCCUAAAUCAUCUGGCCUCGGAUCUCUGAAAGCCUCCCUGAGCCUUUCCCCUCCUUCCGUGAGCCAGGACCAGAGCCAAGGACCAGACCGCUGGCCUCCCAGUUUAGAUCUCGGGCUCCAGGGCAGAGCAGGAUGGGCCGUGGCCAGAUCACCGGGAUAUGUCCCCUCCAGCCUUCCCUCGGCUGGGUCGCAGUCCCCCUCCCCACCUCCAACCUCCCCAGGGGCUGGCCUCUGGUCCCUAUAACUCAGCUAGCCAUUCUCCUUCCCCUAUAUUUUACCCACCACCAAAUUUGCUAGUAAAAUCCAUCCAAAUGGACAGCCAUCUGUUUGUAUUUCUUAUUCCAGUUUGGGAGGGUGGGGACUUUGCCCCGAUCCUCAGGAUAUCCUCUGCUGCACUUGGGAAGAGAAAAAGCAAAGUUCCCUGGGCAGAUUCUGGGAUUGAAGCGCCAGAGCCCAUGGCAGGAGCUCAGCAGGCUCCCAGCAUGCAGGUGGCCGGGAUGGGGACCACCUCCCGUGAGCAUUGUCUGUGAAUGUCGUAUCCGGAGAAGAGGAGAGGGCUCUUUCUAUUUUCCUACUUGGAAGACCGUACUGUGGAAAAGGGAUCAGAUUCUUUUCGUUUGGCCCUGGAAUAAAGGCCAAGGGAGAAAUUACUAAAAGGCAUACAGCCCCUGAGGCCAUUAGAGAUGUUUAAGCUUGGUGCUCAGAAGAAGAAACAGCUAAUAAUAAUAGCAAUAGCUAACAUCUCACCUUUUUUAUUGUUGUUUUUAUUUAUUUUCCCCACUUAGUAGCUUUUUUUCAAUUGCAUGUAAAGAUUUCAACAUUUAGUUUUAUGAGAUUUUUUGAUUUCCAAUUUUUUUCUCUCUCCCUUCUCUCAUCCCAAUGGCAAGCAAUCUGUUAUGUUCCAAACAUACAAUUAUUUAAAAAAUAUUCCCAUGUUAGUCAUGUUGUGAAAAAAAAAAUCAGAACAAAGGGGAAAAACCACGAGAAAGAAAAAGAAAAUGGAAAAGGACUAUGCUUUGUGGGGCACUCAGACUCUGGAGUUCUUUCCCUGGAUGCGGAUGGCAUUUCAAGCCUAUUGGGAUGGCCCUGGGUUGUUGUAUUUCUGAGAAGAACUAAAUCUAUCACAGUUAAUCAUCGCAGUGUCGCGGUUACUGUGAUCAACGUUCUCCUGGUUCUGCUCGCUUCGCUCAGCAUCGGUUCAUGUAAGUCUCUCCAGGCUUUUCUGAAAUCAGCCUGCUGGCCGUUUCCUAUAGAACAAAGUCAUUUACCAGAACUUGUCCGGUCAUUCCCCGACUGAUGGGGAUUUCCUCGAUUUCCAGUUCUUUGCUACAUGAAAAGAGGACAGGGAAUUUCUAUGGCACUUGCUCCAUGCUAGGCCCUCGGCUAUGUGCUUUGCAGUAACUGCGUCCCCGGAGGCAGGUAUCUGGGGUCUGUCCUGCAGAAGAUGGCUUAGAGUGAUUCACUCCAGAGCCUAAAAAGGAAGAGGGCCAGGGGAAAAUUGCCUCCGACUGGCAUGUGCUGCCUCCAAGGGCCAGGGCUCCCCAGAGAGCCCGGGAGACUGGAUGCCCUUACUCCCCUGAAGGCAGCAGGUGCUCCCACUCUAGCUGGGCUGUGCAGGGUGACCUUGAGGCAAUCCCUUCUGACUUGGGAUCAGCAUCCUCCUGGAGGCCCCCGGGGGGUUUCAGAGGGAGAAGCGACCCUGGGCUCCAUCAGCCUCCUGCGUCCGGACAUCAGACCGGAUUGUCCCCGACUCAGCUGGGCGGCCGGAGGUCACAGAGCUAGGUCCUGGAAGAGCCACGAAGCGUCUUGCACGCAGAGGUAAAAAAAACUUCAGGGGCCAUCAGAUCCAUCUCCAGAUGAAGUUGCAGAAGAGCAAAGUGAGGCGGGCUUGGAAGAAAAUUCCCUCUUUGUGGCCUCUUACCCUGGGAGUAUCACCUGGGACACCUGGGAUUGUUGCCCAAUGUUGGGAUCAGGAUGUUGGAUCUCGUUCAGAUAAAAGUAUCCUGGACAUGCUGGUGUAUGAGCUUUAAUAAGCAACCAAGGCAAUGUGAGAACACAGGUUUUUCCGGCUGCAAGCUCAGCGCUCCAUCGAAAGUUCCCCUGUGGCUGUCCCCGAAUGCUCUGACCGCCAGGCAUCUGAAGGGCCGGAUGGAAAGGGAUUGGAGGGGCUGCUCCAAACAAAGGCCAGAUGGAUGGCCGCUCUCCAGGGGUCUCUUAGAGAGGAUUCCUGUUUGGGGACAGGUUGGACUCAUCACCUCUGGGGUCCCCCUCAGUUCCAGGAUUGUGGGGUUCUUAUGACCAUAGUAGCAAAGCUUAGGAUUAUCUCUGUGGGAUGGGGCACCAUUUGCCCCAAAUGCUGGAGUUUUGAGCUCCUUGGAGCAUGGAAAGUAUCAAUAAAAGUAUUUACUAAGUAUAAUCACCAGGCUUAGAUAGAAAAGUCCAGAAAUGAGAAGUCCUGCCUCCAAGGAGCUUAUAUUCUAUUGAGAGAGAAAAGCCGUGUACAGAUACAGGACAUAGAUCCCCAAAAAGGCGGGGCGGCAUCCUGGAUGGAGAGAUGGCAUGUGAGCCAAGGCAGCUGGGGUCCAAAUCUCACCUCCAGCAUAUCCUGGUUGUGUGGCCCUAGGUAAGUGACUUGAACACUUAGUAUUCCAGACAAUUUUCUUGGAUUUUUGCUGAGGCAAUUGGGUUCAGUGACUUGCCCAGGG